AUGCAACAACUGACAAAGUUUAACAAUUCUAGACAAACUGAGGAACCAGCCUUUGAUGCUUCAUUUGACAUCACCAGAAGAGAUGACACCCAAGCUGGCCCAACCCUUGAUGCAUCCUUCGACAUCACAAGAAGAGGUGCAAACGACAUCGACAUCCCUGCUGAAAGAUCUCUACCAGAACCAGACCCAGCUGAUGACACCAUCAUCCCUCCAGCUGAUGUUGUCUUUGGGGUCCUGGAGAAAGGCAGCAAGAGGGGAGGCAGUCUACUUGUCAGCAGUGACGGCUUCAGUUAUGGUGUCAAGAGAGAAAACAAGUCUUCCACCAUGUGGAUCUGCAGUAUCCGAUCCAAGAAGAUGCGCUGUCCGUCCACUGUGCUGCAGAACAGAGACGAUUUCCAGACUGGGCAAUUCAUUUUCUUGUAG